CCCCGCCCUCCCUCACCUGAGGAAGGAGCCCCGGGCUUGCCCGCCCGCCCGUCUGCAGAACCAUCAAGGGCAGAGAAUAAUGGUGCAGUCUGGGACACCGCUUCGGAACUCGUGAACCCCGUAGAAUAGUUUGCCUAAGCCUCGGCCGUGGAGUUGAAACGAAGAUAUUUUAUAAAAUGUCUAAUGGUUAUGAAGAACACAUGGCUGAAGAUUGCAGGGAUGAUAUUGGUAGAACGAAUUUAAUUGUGAACUACCUUCCUCAGAACAUGACGCAGGAUGAGUUACGAAGUCUAUUUAGCAGUAUUGGUGAAGUUGAAUCUGCAAAGCUUAUUCGUGAUAAAGUAGCAGGACACAGCUUGGGCUAUGGCUUUGUGAACUAUGUGACUGCAAAAGAUGCUGAAAGAGCGAUAAACACACUGAACGGCCUGAGACUUCAGUCAAAAACCAUCAAGGUAUCCUACGCUCGCCCCAGCUCAGAAGUUAUCAAAGAUGCCAAUUUGUACAUUAGUGGACUCCCACGGACAAUGACACAGAAAGACGUGGAAGAUAUGUUUUCACGGUUUGGACGCAUAAUCAACUCCCGUGUGCUUGUGGAUCAAACUACAGGUUUGUCCAGAGGGGUUGCAUUUAUCCGGUUUGACAAAAGAUCAGAAGCAGAAGAGGCAAUUACCAGUUUCAAUGGCCAUAAACCCCCAGGUUCCUCCGAGCCCAUUACAGUGAAGUUUGCCGCCAACCCUAACCAGAAUAAAAAUGUGGCACUGCUCUCGCAGCUGUAUCAUUCACCAGCUAGACGGUUUGGAGGGCCAGUUCAUCAUCAGGCACAAAGAUUCAGGCCACACUGCCUAAUGGCAGUUUCCAGAUGCCUGGAAAGCAAAUUGGAAGAGGGAGGCACAAAAGAGCAAAAAUCAGAGUUGGCUCUGGUGAUGGCUGCUGGAACACUUUGCCAGGUGGUGCAGUGCACGGAUUGGUUCUCCCCUAUGGGUGUAGAUCACAUGAGUGGGCUCUCGGGUGUAAAUGUCCCAGGAAACGCCUCUUCAGGCUGGUGCAUCUUCAUCUACAACCUGGGCCAAGAUGCUGAUGAGGGAAUCCUCUGGCAGAUGUUUGGCCCCUUUGGCGCAGUUACCAAUGUGAAAGUUAUUCGCGAUUUCAACACCAACAAGUGCAAAGGCUUUGGCUUUGUAACCAUGACAAACUAUGAAGAAGCAGCGAUGGCCAUAGCAAGCCUCAAUGGUUAUCGCCUGGGGGACAAAAUCUUACAGGUUUCCUUCAAAACCAACAAGUCCCACAAAUAACUUGCUCACGCUCAUGCUUUUUGUAUGGAAUAGGUAAUUGAGUGACCGAAGUGGAAACAUUUUUGUUAGUGUAAAACUCAUUUCAUGCCAACUUUCACAAAGUGUUUGUCUUAGUCUAAAUGAGAAGUGAAGAGGUUUUUUAUACUCUGGGAUGCAACCGACAUGUUCAAAUGUUUGAGAUCCCGCAACGUUAGACCAAUUUUAGGUUUCUUAAGUUAUUUCCUUUAAAAUAUAUAUUACACUGAAAUCUAAGUAGACCGCAUUAACGAACCAGCCCCUCUGGAUGGUGGUAAAAAUUGAAGCAUGCUUUAACUUAUAAGACUCUCUAACAUUUAUUUCAUUGGAUGUCGUCUCCAAAAACUGGGGGGGGG